CCAUGGCAAAGUGCUGCCUCCCAUCUCCCACCCCCAAAACAGCCCUGGGGAAGCUCUGCUUCAGCAGCAGCCUGUGUGUCCAGGGAUGAAGGCAGAAACCUUCCUGGGGUCACUGGUGAUCCUCAGCUUGUUCCAGGCAGCUGUAUCUUCAUCCUAUGAUGUGCCAGAGCUGUCAGACUCGUGGGUGCUGAGCAGUGUGGAUGAGGCCAGGCGGCUGGUGGACGCAGCCUACAGACGCACGCGCCAGCGCAUAAAGGAGCACCUGCAGAGCGAUGCCUGGAGCCCCACUGAGCUUCUGGGAUACUUCAAGCAGCCGGUGGCAGGGACUCGAGCUGCUGCUCGGGCUGCAGAUUACCUGGAAACCACCCUGAGCCUCCUCAAGCAGAAGCUGCAAUGGGUGGUGAGGGGGAACUUCAAUGUCACAGAUUUGCUGAGCCCUGCUCAGCUGGGGAUGGUUUUCAAGGCGAGUGGAUGUGAGCAGCAGGAGAAGAACAUGAACUGUGCCGCUUCUGGUCGCUACCGAACCAUCACUGGGGAGUGCAACAACAGGAGAAACCCAUCCCUAGGAGCUUCAAACAGAGCCCUGGUCAGAUGGUUGCCAGCAGAAUACGAGGAUGGUGUGUCAGUGCCCCGUGGCUGGACAGAAGGAAAACGUUUCUCUGGGUUCCCCCUUCCACUGGUCCGGCAAGUAUCAAACGAGAUCGUGCGCUUCCCCCCCGGGCAGCUCAGGCUGGACCAGCAGAGAUCCCUCAUGUUCAUGCAGUGGGGACAGUUCCUCGACCACGACCUGGAUUUCAGUCCUGACACCCCAGCCAGAGUCACCUUCAGUGGCACAGUGGACUGUGAGACCAGCUGUGCCAAGCAGCCCCCUUGCUUCCCCAUCAAGAUCCCACCCAAGGACCCACGAAUCAAGGAGAGCGGGGGCUGCCUCCCCUUCACCCGCUCAGCCGCCGCCUGCAGCCGGGGCCACGCUGGCCGGGACCAGCUCAACGCUCUCACCUCCUUCCUGGAUGGCAGCGUGGUCUAUGGCAGUGAGCUGCCCCUGGCCAACAAACUGAGGAACCAUAGCAGCCAGCUGGGCUUGCUGGCUGUCAACCAGAUAUUCAGUGAUGAGGGGAAGGCAUAUAUGCCCUUUGCCAGCAUGCAGAAGGACCCCUGCCUCAAAGUGAGCAAGGGAGCUCGAAUCCCUUGCUUCCUUGCAGGUGAUCCUCGAGCCAGUGAGAUGCUGGAGCUGGCCUGCAUGCACACACUCUUUGUGAGGGAGCACAACCGCCUGGCCAGAGGGCUGAAGCGCCUCAAUCCCCACUGGAACGGGGAGAAGCUCUACCAGGAGGCACGAAAGAUCCUGGGGGCCACGAUGCAGAUUAUCACCUACAGGGAUUACCUGCCUCUUCUGCUGGGAGCCAGCUUCCAGAGGCUGAUCCCUUGCUACCAGGGCUACAGGGAGUCUGUGGAUCCCCGAAUAUCCAACGUCUUCACGCUGGCUUUUCGCUUCGCUCACGCUUCGGUUCCCCCCACUGUGGAACGCUUGAAUCGCAAUUACCAGCCCAUAAGGCCCAAAAUUCUGCUCAGAAAUGGCUUCUUUGCUGUCUGGAGGAUUAUUAAAGAAGGUGGUAUUGACCCCUUUCUCAGGAGCCUGAUGGCUAACCAGGCCAAGCUGAUGACCCAGCAGCAAAUGGUGGUGGGUGAGCUGCGGGAUCAUAUGUUUGAGCGGGUGGAAAGGAUCGGCUUCGAUCUGCCUGCGCUCAACAUGCAGCGGAGCAGAGACCACGGGCUGCCGGGUUAUAACUCCUGGAGACGGUUCUGUGGGCUCUCACAACCUUCUGGACUGAAGGCACUGGCUCGAGUGUUGAGGAACCAGAGUCUGGCAAAGAAGUUCAUUGGACUGUAUGGCACCCCAAAGAAUAUUGACAUUUGGAUUGGGGCACUUGCAGAGCCCUUUGUGAGUGGAGGCAGAGUUGGGCCUCUCAUGGCUUGUCUCAUUGGCACCCAGUUCAGGAACAUUCGUGAUGGAGAUAGGUUCUGGUGGGAGAACAGAGGGGUUUUCACUGCCCAGCAACGCUCCUCACUGGCCACAGUCUCCUUGUCACGAAUAAUAUGUGACAACACCCACAUCUCUAAAGUACCAAGACACAUCUUCCAGGCUAAUAGGUACCCUUAUGCCUUUGUGAGCUGCAGCCAGAUCCCAAAGCUGGACCUAAGAGCCUGGAAGUCCAGGAGGAGUGAGGAGGUUACAGAGCAAGGUAUGAGCUUCCAACCACACAGUUCCUUCCUUAAAGAAACAUGA